AGGUGCUUCUAUAGAGUACGAUAAUUCAAGUAACGAUAGUAGCGAUUCUUUUCAAGCUACUGUUCCACUUCUUCCAAGCAAGUCAAAUUAUUGUGGCUCAAGUGAUGAUAAAAAAAGGUAUCAAAUGGAAAAAUCUUCAAAGCAUAGUGCCAGAAAAUUAUGGAUAGCAAUAGUGAUAGCGUGUCUCUUUUUUACCAUUGAACUUAUUGGUGGUUGGAUUGCUGGAAGUUUGGCUUUAUUAAGCGACUCAUUUCAUUUAUUGAGUGAUGUGGUUAGCUUUGCUAUUUCUCUUUUAUCUAUAUAUCUUGCUCGAAGACCUGCUACAAAUUCACUUUCAUAUGGUUAUCAUCGUGCAGAAAUUCUAGGAGCAUUAAUAUCUAUAAUUAUUAUAUGGCUUCUUACUGGAUGGCUGUGUGUUGAAGCUUAUUAUAGAAUACAAUUUCCAACACCUGUUGAUGGAAAAACAAUGAGUUUUGUUGCUGCAAUUGGUGUUGUAGUUAAUAUUGUAUUAAUACUUAUUUUGGGACAUGAACAUCAUGGAAAUGACGAUGCUCACCAUAAACAUCAUCAUUGUGGUGAUAAUGUUAAUGUCCGUGCAGCGUUGCUUCAUGUUUUGGGUGAUUUGUUAUCAUCGCUGGGUGUUUUAAUUUCAUCGAUAGUCAUUAUUUUUGACGAGACAAAAGUCUGGGUUGAUCCCUUAUGUACUUUUGCAUUUUCUAUUCUUGUAUUAGCAACAACUUUCGGUAUAUUUAAAAAUGGGAUUAGGAUUUUGAUGGAAGCUACUCCAUCCCACAUCGAUUCUGAUGCUAUCAGAAUGGAUUUGGAAGCUAUUGAUGGAGUGAAAAGUGUACAUGAUCUACAUAUAUGGGAUUUGACUGUUGGAAGAACAACACUUACGGCACAUCUUUGUCGUGAAUACAAGACUGAUAGUCAAGCUGAAGCAUCUUCAAAUUCUUCAAUUUUAACAAAAGCUUUAAAUAUUGACAACUUAAAUACUGCUUCUGAAUUUGGUACUUCCUACAUACUAACUGCUGCUACUCCUACUGUGCCAACGAUUGGUACACCUUCCACUAAUAAUAAAUCAAUUGAAGAUGAUGAUAUUAAAAAUGAUAUAUUAUUUGAUUUAACGUUACCAGGGCCUAGAAAUUGCAAAUUUAACAAAUCAUCAUCCCUUGAAACUUACCGAACAAAAUUUAUCAAAAUUGGAUAUACCUCAGGAUGCAUUACAUGUAGACCCAUCAACUGCCAUUCAUUUAGAUUUGCUUGGCCAAGAUCAAAUUUACAACAACAACAAACAACAUGGGGUCUAAUUGAGGCACUCUCAUGUUUAAUCGAAUGUGCUAAUCCUAAACUCAUAGAUGAACAAUGGAAUUUAUUUCGUGACUGGUUAUCAUCUGAAAAAGUACUUGAUCAAUUAAAAUACAGAUAUGAAAGAGAAAUUAAUUGUGGUCAUAAAUCUGUUAUUAAAUCAAUUAUAAAAGAUGAUGCUUCACCAUCAUGGCCAAUGGUUCUUUGUGUAUCAAAUAUAAUUGAUGAUGUUACCCAAUCAAUAUCUUCAUAUUUGUCAUUAUCAUCUUCCUCUCAUAUGUCAAAACUUGAAUUAACUGAUGGCUGGUACAAGAUUCCUGCAUGUAUUGAUCCACCAUUACAACGAGCUAUAAUGAAGUAUAAAAUAAAAAUAGGUUACAAACUUGAAAUUUGUGGAAAACCUAAUGAAAAAACACCAAUAUCAACAACAUUUGAUGAAACAAGACAUUUGCAUCAUUUAAAGAGUCUUACAACGGAUGGUGGACCUGUUUUUGCAAUUGAUGUUAUAAUAAUGCGAAAAUAUCCAUUUAUGUGCUGUGAAACAAAUGAAGAUGGGAUAUAUAUCACACAUAAUGAAAAAGCUAACAUAGCUAUUAAAAGUAAUUAUCAUUUGAUUUUUGGUGAAUAUGCUUGUCAUAAAAAAGAGUAUGCUUUGGCACUUAUUAUAUUAGGAGUUGAUGAAGUUAAAAAAGACAUAAUAUCUGGCAUAACUGUGGAAGUCCAAAUUGCUAUAGGUAUAAAUGAAAGUGGACAACCUACCCAGAAACAUAAUCAUAAUGACAGAUUUGAUUAUGAUUUACUGGAAGUAGGAACUAUAGUAAUAGUAGCAAUAGAAAUAGAA